GGAUUCUUCGGGAACCUUUAUUCAAGGUUUCUCAGUGAACAUUGGUCAAUCUCGGUUUUCCUGGCAGAGUUAUGGGGCUGCAGGGAAGGACUGAUUUUGUGUAGGAACAAAGGGAUUAGUCAAUUAGUCGUGGAGAUGGAUUCCUUAUCGGCGGUGCAGGUUAUUGACGGAUCCAAGGAGCAGGAUAGCCUAGCAGCAGUGCUGGUGGAAGAUAUCCGUCGUUUGAAAGGAGGAUUUAUUCCCUUUAACAUACAGCAUACCCUAAGUGAGGGUAAUCGUGCUGCAAACUUGAUGGCUGAAAUUGAGCAUAAUCUGCCUAUUGGAACCACAGUUUUUGAUUCGCCUCCACCUGGUCUCAUCACUUUCCUGGAAGAGGACACGUUGGGCGUAGCAUUCUUGCGUCAUUAAUUAAUCAGCUUUAUCAAUGGUAUAAAAAAAUGCUACUAUGUAUUUCAUAACAAAGGAAAAAAAAAUGCUUUUUAACAUGUAUUUUAGAGGUAUAUGAUUUUUUUUUCUGAUUAAGGGGAUAUAUUAAAGAUUUAUUUAUUGU